AUGGACUAUCCAUCUCCAAUGCACCAUCAAGUUCCUCAUUCAUCGAAGCCUCACAUGCAUCAUCCUUCACAUCCUCUUCUAUCAAACCAAUUACAACCUAUCAGCUCAGAAAGUCAUACUUCCAUGUGGCUCGACGAUUCCUAUCCGAUGUCAAAUGGAUGCCCAUCGCAACGUGAUUCUGGUUUUAAUUCUCGACCAGCCUCACUACGUAGUGUAGACUCGGCCGGCACAAGUUCCCAGCAUCACGGAUCAGGAGCAGCAAUGUACGAACAAAUGCCUCCCCGUUUGCCUAAUGACAUUGAAAAUACGCGUCCACAAUACACUGAAUUACAAUCAGUACCAGGACCACCACCCAAACCAGAACCAUCUCAAGUCAUUCCUGAAUUACUCAAUCUAUUGAUGGAAGACGAUCCAGUUAUCGUUCGCGAAGCUGUCUUACUCACACACAUCUUAGUCAAAGAAGGAAAUGAAAGUCGAUCGGAAGUGAUCCAAAAUCGCGAGUUAAUUAACACUUUACUGGAGACAUUCUCAAAAGAUAUGGGCGAUGGAAAGGUCACGCAUGCAUUAGUCAAUCUAUUUCACUCACUCUCUCAACAACAAGAAGGUCUACGUGUCAUUUAUGACUGCGGAGGCAUCGCACGUUUACUACAAAUUCUUGACUCUGCUGAUAACAUCGUUAAUUACGCGAUAACAACAUUACAUAAUUUUCUAAUCGUUCUCCAACAUCAAGCAGCUGACGAAAUUUAUCGCUGUGAAGGCCUUAUCAAAUUCAUUCAUCUACUGGAUAGUACAAACGAUAAAUUGUUGACCUUAGUCACUGACAGUUUACUGAAAAUGUCAAGUUAUAGCACAAAAUCGAAACAAUUCAUACAGAAUAGUGAAGAAUGCAUUCAACGUCUUCUUUGGAUCUUCGAGACAAAUAAAUACGAUAAAUUACUAUUGACACUAUCGAAACUAUUACCAAUCAUAUCGUCAGGAAAUGAAAUGAACAAGAGCUUGAUUCUUCGAUCGAAUGGAUUAAAUAUAAUCGAAAAACAUCUACGCACGACGAAGAGCAUUCGAAUACGACAUAACUGUCUUAUCACACUAAGAAAUAUUUCUAAUCAAGCGACGCAAAUGCGUGAUAUUGAUUCGUUAAUUCAACAAUUGACUGCGAUGUUAUCGAGUGAUGAUCGUCAAUCAGUUAUUCAUUCCUUGGAAAUCCUUGGCAAUUUAACAGCAGAUAAUCAAAAUAAUAAAAGUUUAUUUGUGAAAUUAAACGGAGUGCAAAGUGUCAUGCAGAAAUUAAUGAUGAAUUCCGAUGGAAAUGACGAGCUUAUCGAAGCAGCGUUAUGUACACUCCGUCAUAUCACUGCUCGACACGAUCUCGAAAAUGAAGCGCGUGAAAUCGUACGAAAAUCAUACGGAAUCGGCAAUAUCGUGAAAUUGUUUCGCGAUAAGAAUUACAAUGGACAUUGGGGAACCAUUAGAGCAACAGUCGGUUUAAUUCGAAAUUUGUCGUUAUCUCAAUCAAUAAUCCCGAACUUAUGUGAACAAAAUACAGUUCAGAAGUUAAUUGAAUUAUUAAUGAAUUUGGAACGGGAUCGAUUAAAACUCCCCGAAGAUAAUCAACGAUUUGAUGCGUUAAUGGGAUCGAUUGUGAUAACAUUGACAAGCUUAGCGAAAGAUUCCACAUGUAGAGCGAUUAUUCGAGAUAUGAAUGGAUUACCGAUCCUCAUGCGGUUAUCUCAUCUACCAACAUGUUCUUUGCAACAAUCGACGAAGAAUUUACUACAUGAAUUAAACAUCGAAUAG